GUCUUCCUUCCCGAAGAAAAUCAAAAAACGGAGCCCUAGACUGACUGACUGACACUUCGCCUCCGUUUUCUCUCUCUUCGUUUCGCUCUCUACCGGAGAAGAUGGACACGAACGGCUAUUCCUCCGCCGCUAGAUCGAUAAAUCUUCCCGAUUACACUAGCAAACCUGUUCAGGAGGCGUUAAUGCACUUGGCAUCCAUAAACCUCAGAGAUCUCUGUAACGAGGCCAAGGUCGAGCGUUGCCGCGCCACCAGAGACCUGACGAGCUGUGGGAGAUCCGUUCACCAUGCGUUGAACCCGUGUGGACAUGCUUCCCUGUGCGCAGAGUGUUGCCAGAGGUUUGAUCUUUGUCCAAUCUGUAGAAGUCAGCUGCUACCAUCAAGAACUGGUGAUAGACUUCGUCUCCGUCUCUACUAUGAGUGUGUUCAAGCUGGUUUAAUCUCCUCACCAACACAUGAAGAUGAGGAUGAGGAUGAACAUGCUGAUGUUCAUCGCCUUUAUUCUCUCUUCGAUGUGGCCAUGAACAACAAUUUGGUGUCUGUGGUUUGCCUUUAUAUCACCAAUGUGUGUAUGGAUGAGGCAGCUGUAUCUAGUGACCCGGUCAUUGCUUUCUUGCUGGAUGAAGUUGUUGUCAAAGAUUGGGUCAAGCGUACAUUCCGGACCAUCUUAGCUGAGCUUCAAGAAAUCUAUCGGCUUGAGACGAAAGAGAUGCAAGCGUGGUUAGAUAAGCUAUUGAAGAGUUCAAAACAAGUGGCUGGCGUAUGUAGUGUGCUUGAAGUUAUGGAGUCGGCUUUUAAGGGCUCUGUUUCACCUCAGCUUCAAGACGUGCAGAAGCUUAAGGAGAACAUUGGAAAAACAAAGCAGCAUCUGGAAAUUAUGAUCUGGUGCAUAAGACACGGAUUUCUGGAAGAUGUGAGGUCUCGGUAUUCUGAUUUCAGAUCGUGGAAGGCUCUGGUGCUUGAAAGGAAAUCAAAUGCAAUUAAGCGUGCAUGGCCUGAUGCCGUAGAUCAGUCUUCAGAUUGCAGUGUACAUGGUGGUUCCCUUUUCAUCGAGGAUGCUUUGGAAAAUCUCGAGAGAGAGCCAGAGUACAGUCAAGACAUAGGGGCAGAUCUAGAAGUUGGAUGUUUGCAGAACGAUAAUAGAUCAGUUCUUAGGUCCAAAAUAGAGGGAAUGUCAGGAUCUUACCCAUUUGAGAAUAUUAGAACUGCUGCUGACAUACUCUUUUUACAGGGCAGCUCAGAUUUGGUUGUUGCUAAGCAAGCCAUUUUUCUUUAUUACCUGUUUGAUCGGCAUUGGACUACCCCUGAAAAACAUUGGAAGCACAUCAUAGAUGAUUUUGCUGCUACCUUUGGCAUAACCAGGCAUUCCUUGUUGGAGUCUUCUGUAUUUUAUCUACUAGAUGAUCCCUCAGAGGAGGCACUCCAGGAAGCUUGUAGGACUCUCCCUGAAAUAUGUGGUCCAGAAACAUAUACCAAGGUUGCACAAGUCUUGUUAGAAAGGGAAACCCCUGAAGCAGCUCUUAUGGUCUUGCGCUUGUCUGGUCGUGAUGGCGUAUCAGAAUUGGUUUCAGUUGGUGAAGCUGUCACAGCUGUUCGUGUGAGAGUGGAAUGUGGUCUUUUGAGUGAAGCAUUCACGCACCAAAGGGCACUCUGCCUGAAAGUGAAGGAAAAUGAGCUGAAAAAUGGAGCUGUGAAACAUGCGUCUGAUGAUCGAGACAGCUUGAGUUGGACGAGAUGGAUGGAGAUACUUGUUAACGAAUUUUGCUGUCUGUCUAUUAGGAGAAACGUGGUUGAUCGAAUAAUAGAGUUACCGUGGAACCCAGAUGAAGAGAAAUAUCUGCACCGAUGCUUAUUAGAUUCUGCAACUGAUGACCCCUCAUCAGCUGUGGGUAGUCUUUUGGUUGUCUUCUAUCUUCAGCGCUACCGUUACAUCCAGGCGUACCAAGUCGAUCUUAGGCUCCAGGGAAUUGAAGAGGCUUUCUUAUCUGAAAAUCGAAUUGGGGAAGAAGUAAUGUCCAGAAUGCAAUCACAGAGUCACUGGAGGAAAGAGUUAGUUGAUAAAGCCAUAGAUAUACUUCCAGCAAUUCAGCAGCAGCAAGUCAGAUCUGGACAAUUUCCUCCAGAGAUGGAAGAUACCUCUGAAAGUGCUUCAGAAGCAGCAAAAAGCACUGAUCUACCUGAUGGACAACAACAGCCUGGGAUGAUUUCUUCUACUAACUCCGUAUUUCUACAACGGGCUAAGGACGCUGGCGCUAGAGAGCCAGUGGCGGCUAAUAACGGCAGCAGUCCUUUUCAACCCAGUCGUUUGAUAGGAUCCGCUUCCGUUGAUAUUUCCCGUGGAAAACUAUUUACAAGCGCAAACAGAGGUCAGAAGAGUGAAGUUGGAAGCAUAACCAAGGCUCUGAAAUUCGGCGAAGUGUCCACAACACCGUUCAAAGAUCUGAACAGAACUCGUGGAAACAGCCAGCUCAAGGGAAAAAGAACUGAAGAAACAUCUCCAGGAAUAAACUUUGAUAGAUUCACGGAGAAUAGCAUGAGCUCUCCUUAUCUCACAGCUAAUAGUCCUGUCGCAAUGAAACGAAGCACCACGCAUCUCAAUGGAUCUGCAAAGAAACCGGAAUCCACUUUCUUUGGCGGAAGGAUGCGACCAGACGGAGAACACCCGACCCAAUGGGAUGAUCCAAUGGACAUGUCUUCAAGUUUGAAGAACAACAGCAAUGUCUUGACCACGGAGAGCAGAAAUACAAGUGGCGGAUUGAGGUGGCGAUCAGAUGAAGCAAGCGAUGAGGAAGAUGAACCCAAGUGGACCAUGGAACCGACUAUUUCCGGUUCCCUGCCGGGUAAAGGAAGGAGGACCCGUAGAUUCGCUGCAAGAUGAAAUGAAACAAAAACACUCUGGGAAAAAAAAAACAUCAACAAUUGCCUUUUAGGCUGUUUUUUAUGUUUUUGUGCGGGGGAAAAAAUGAUUUUGAGUUUUAUGUUUUCUUCUUUUCAGUUUCCCUGCAGAUAUUUGGAAAUUUGGAAAUAGAGAGCCUUUUUGUUAUUAUUAUUUAAUAAUUGUUUUUAUAAAUC